UCGCCUUCCGGCAAGCGUCAACCACUUCACCGGAGCGCCAGCCGCUCCUUCCAGCGCCAGCCGCUGCACCGGGCGCUAGUCGCCUCCCUCAGGCGCCUGACGCCAGACACCACGGGGUCUCCCAACAAGGCCCCGGCGCCGGACGCCGCAACGCCUGCCGACUCCUCGGGGACUCCCGCGGACACCACCGACAUUCGCAAGGCGGUGAAAUCCAGGAGCCGGGCAAGCAAGGAGAACCGGGAGCCCCGUCCCCACAAGGGAAGCAAGUCCCGGAGCAGGGACCACAAGGGAGACCGGCCUCCGCGUCCUCCCCUCCAAGAGGAACUGGUCCCCUUGCGGAAACGGACGCAGCCGCUGCCCGUACACCUCCAGGCCAAGCGUCCCAGGGCGGAUGCACCCACGGAUUGCCGACCAGGCGCACCGGAACCGGACCCGCGGCGAGAUCAGCCGGAGCGACCCCGGACACCGAGGGUGUGCUUAGUCGUGAGCGACGACUCCGACCACGGGAGCACACCUCGCCGAGCGUACCUCGCCGACGCAGAGACGCAAACAGUACAGAAGACGUUUCGGGACGCGGCAACCCAAACGAAGUUCAGGUGUGGUCGACACCCAAGCU